AUGGGGCGGGGUGAUGGAAGCGGGAGAAUGGGGCGGGGUGAUGGAAAGCGGAGAAUGGGGCGGGGUGAUGGAAAGCGGGAGAAUGGGGCGGGGUGUGGAUGGAAAGCGGGAGAAUGGGGCGGGGUGAUGGAAGCGGGAGAAUGGGGCGGGGUGAUGGAAAGCGGGAGAAUGGGGCGGGGUGAUGGAAAGCGGGAGAAUGGGGCGGGCGGGAGAAUGGGGCGGGGUGAUGGAAGCGGGAGAAUGGGGCGGGUGAUGGAAAGCGGGAGAAUGGGCGGGGUGAUGGAAAGCGGGAGAAUGGGGCGGGGUGAUGGAAAGCGGGAGAAUGGGGCGGGUGAUGGAAAGCGAGAAUGGGGCGGGGUGAUGGAAAGCGGGAGAAUGGGGCGGGGUGAUGGAAAGCGGGAGAAUGGGGCGGGUGAUGGAAAGGGAGAAUGGGGCGGGGUGAUGGAAGCGGGGAAUGGGGCAGGGUGCGGGAUGGAAAGCGGGAGAAUGGGGCGGGGUGAUGGAAAGCGGGAGAAUGGGGCGGGGUGA